AGGUGCAUACUUUGCAGCAUGAGCAGAACUUUUUCACCCUACUUUGAUCCCGAAUUUGAAUCCCUCUCAGAAAGGAUAAACGGCCCAUCUUGCAGAGUGACCUUUGACAAUGAAAGCAUAGAUGAUUAUACCAUUGUGAAGAUAGAUUGUGUAAAGAAGCAAGACCAACUUCUGGAAGUAGUGCAGGUUUUGACAGAAGUCAACCUAACUAUCACAAAAGGCUAUAUAUCUUCUGAUGCUGGGUGGUUCAUGGAUGUAUUCCAUGUUAAAGAUGAGAAUGGUAGGAAAGUCUCCGAUCAGAGAGUAAUCAACUACAUUCAACAGGCUAUGGGUUCAAAACGAGUAGCUGCGUCAAAGAUCACAGGUCAGACAAGUAAAGCUCAUGACACUGAUUUUCAUGGAGAGCCGACAGCUAUCGAAAUGACUGGUACAGACAGGCCAGGCCUAUUUUCUGAGAUAUCGGCAGCUCUAGCAGAUCUCCAUUGCAACAUUGUCGAAGCCCAUGCAUGGAGCCAUAAUGCCCGUUUGGCAUGUGUUGCCUAUAUCUCAGAUCAAUCCUCUGAUACACGCCUUGGUGACCAUCGUCUUGCUGCAAUUGAGCACCACCUGAACACCAUUUUGCAUGCCUCUAACACACCGGAAAACGCUAGCUCAGAUAUCCCACAACACAAGGAUGUCAAGUUCACUGGUCUUAUAUGCACAGGAGGUAGCGAAGGCACCAUGACCACUGUGGAAAGGCGGCUGCAUCAACUCUUGCUAUCAGUUCAGGACUUUGAUGUGCCAUCUCAACGGCCAGUCUGCCCUCCUGGCACCUCACGGGGACAGGAUUCAAAAGGCAAGAAAAAGGCAGAAAAGGCGAGUGUAUUGAUAGAAAAUUGUACUGAAAAGGGAUAUUCGAUUGUUAGUGUGAAAUGCAGGGACAGGAGAAGGCUUAUGUUUGAUACAGUUUGCACACUUGCAGACAUGCAAUAUGUGAUCUCCCAUGCUUCUGUUGAUUCUCGUGGAGGCCAUGCCUUUCAGGAAUAUUUUGUAAGAAAGAUUGACGGGGGUGCAUUGCGCACAGAGAGUGAGAAGAAGCAUGCUAUGAAAUGCCUAGAGGCUGCUGUGGAACGCCGUGUAUGUGAGGGAACCAGGAUAGAACUAUGUGCAAAUAACAGGGUAGGUUUGUUAUCAGACAUAACUCGAGUUCUUCGGGAGAAAGGGCUGGUAGUACUGAGAGCAGAUGUUGCGACAAAACUGGAUCAAAGUGUGAAUAUUACAUUCUACGUGAGCGAUGUAGUCGGAAACAAUGUGGAUAUGGAGAUGGUGAAAUCCAUGAAGAGAGAGAUGGGUUUAAUAGAUCUAGCAGUGAAGAAUGAGAGAGUUGUGAAGCCAAACUCGCCACCUGCUGUGAAGCCCCAAUUUUCCAUCGGAGAUAUCUUCAAGUCUCAGAUUGAGAGGCUUUCACAUAUAGUCUUGUGACUUGUAUGUAAAAUAACUUGCUUCUUUAGGGUUUUGUUCUGGAUUUGCCGAUUCUGUACAUAAAUUAUAACAAGGUUA